AUGACAUUCGCUCUAAGCUCUGUACCGGAUUACGAUGAUCUCCCCCAGGUUGAAGGUAUGCCCAAGGGUUGUGCCUGGGGAGUAUUUGACCAAGAUGGUAAAAAAGACAUGGUUGGGACACUCAACUUCUUGACUCCAGAGGUUGUUCGCAAUGCCGCUCUCGAAGUCAAAGAUGGCAUCUCGAUAUCUUUAAAUUGGCCUUUGAAUGCGAUGACCAAACUCAACGUCCCAGGCCGAGCAGUGUCUGAGCAUAAAGUCUUGUAUAUACCCGAGAGCUUGGCAGGACUCCCCUUUGAACAAGGAAAGUCCUGGGAUGAUGAAGUCAGCUUCAACACCCAAUGCAGUUCCCAAUGGGAUAGUCUGUGCCACUUCCAGCAUCAAGAUUCAGGGUUGGCCUACAAUGGUGCCAACCCAGACAAAAAACUAUUGUCUGUUGACUCAACUGAGUCCAACACCAUGCCCACGCUAGAUCACUGGCAUUCGCGCGGUUGUAUCGCCGGUCGGGGUGUAUUGAUUGACUACGCCACUUACGCUGAAGAAAAGGAGAUCGAUUUCCAUCCGUUUGACGGGAAUCGCAUCACUGUUGAGGAUUUGGAAGCUUGCGCGGCGUACCAAAAGGUUGAGUUCCAGCCCGGCGAUAUUCUCCUCGUCCGCACAGGCGCUACGGAAGUAGUUGAUAGGAUGGACCCCGUCGGAUUGGGCAAGAUGAUGGCUAUGAAGCUCAGCGGCCUCGACGGAAGUGAAGAAAUGGCGAGAUGGAUGUGGAACAACCGGUUCGCCGCAGCUACAUCGGACUCGAGCGCCUUUGAAGCGUUUCCUCCACUGAAGCCCGAUGGCUCGAUCGGUGGAAUGAAGGAUCUCGUGCUUCAUGUGUAUUGCUUGAGCUUUUUUGGCAUGCCGAUUGGCGAGUUGUGGGAUUUGAGCAAGCUGGCUGCGUAUUGCAACAAGACGAAGAGGUAUUCGUUUAUGAUGACUUCGACGCCUUUGAACCAGCCUGGAUUGAUUGGAUCGCCUCCGAAUGCGUUGGCUAUAUUUUGA